GAUUUGCGAUUGAAUUGAUCGAAACGGGGUGAAACCGCGGAACUGUGCCCGAUCGCCCCAAAGUUUGAUCUCUCGGGGCAAAAAGGAAGGAAGAAAAUGAAAGAAAAAAAUUAAUUUUUUUUUAUUUUAAAGAUAUGCUUYGUUCUAAGAAUCUCUCGGAAAAUUACUUCAGUUACCAGCAGACUAACUUAAUGCUGAAUUGAUUUUUAAUUAUUUCAAGCACUUACUCUACUUUUCCAAGAAGAACCUCAGUCUACAUAAGGCUUUUGCAGCCUCGGGAGAAGUCAGGGUUUUGCUAAGCAUAAAUAUGUUCCCAGAAAUUGUCUCUUCGGGGUGAGGUUACGGGACUACAUGAAGGGRUGGGCGGGGCGAGACAAGGCGGCGCAGGAAGAGCUGCCUCGCGGGCUGGCUGUUGCCUGGGGUGACAGUGACAGGAUGUUGCCGUGUGGCAUGGCGUGUCGUGGUCCCCAGGGUCCCCAUCUGCUCCACGUGUCAAAGCAGUGGGCCGCGGGAUGGGCGAGGGGCGAUAGAGGAGACUAACUGAGCCCGCAGUUACCAGAAAAGCUGUCCUGAGGGUGGGGCGGCGUUAGAAGGGCYGCACAGGGAUUGACUUCGCCCCUAACAGGUGUCGCCAAGACAGCUGCGCCGACAGGAGGGCGAGGUGUGAAUAGAAUGUAUGGAACAGAGUAAAAUAAAUACAAUAAAAGAGCUGCAGCGGGGCUGGCCACUGCAGCGCAUCCACAAGAGGUGCACGGCGGGACGGGACAGACGCGGUCCCGCGGAGAUCGCCACUUGUCGCGCUGCUUACCGUGUGCAGGAGGAGCCGAGUGACCACAGCCGGAGCCGGGACAGCAGCUUCCAGCGGCGGCGAGCAGCGGGCCGUGCUGUUCUGAGUCAAGACCGCAUAGCUCAGGCACCGGAAGAGGUCAGUCACCCUGCACGCAAGGCCCGGCACCAUGUAUCCCAUCCUGCUGCCCCUCGCUCCCCUGCCGCCUCCUGCCUGACCAUGCGGAACCAAGAAAUGCCUUAAAAUCUAUCCUGUGCAAACUCUCUCACACAUGAGGAAAAUCAGGGUUUUUUUUUAAUUCAUAACUUUCAUGGUGAGCAGCAGUGCAAGAUUGGUCACUAAUUAAAGCAACUGGGAGGGGAGCUGGACAGAAGGCCAUUUGUGUCCUCAGGAAUAUGGGCAGCACCUAGGGCUCUGUUUGGGGGUGCACAGGUGGCAUCUUGCAGUCCAGCUACUGUGUCCAUGUCCUGCAUCUCGUGGCAAUGACACCCUGAUAGCUGCCAGCCAGUUCUUGGCCUCACUGGGGCUCUCUGACUUAAUCUGGUUCCUCCUCCUCAUCCCACCGCACGCUUUUUCUCUCUGCCCGGAGUUCUGGGAGAGGAGUCAUGCCAGUCUCCAGAGUCAUCUUCGCUGUGGGGGGAUCCAUGUCUGGGAGAAGGGAAGAAGGUGGAAAAUGAACACGUGCAGAACCCGCUGCUGCCUUUCCCUUGCGCAAACUCCUUUCUUCCUGAAAUGCCUUUGACUUCUCCCCAGAGAACUGAAUUAUUCCGAAAUACAAUUGAAUUCCUCCCAAAAUAACUCUGAAUUUCCCCAAUAUCUCUGAAUUAUCCCAAAUAUCUCUGCAUUCCUCCCUAAAGCCUCCAAGUUCUUCUAAAAUACCUCCGAAUUCUCCUAAUAUAUCUGRAGUCUACCCAAAUACCUCUGAACUUCUCCAAGGCCUCCCACAGAGUAUCUCUUUGGCAACAGCAGGAGCUCAGGCUCUGCUCCAGUUCCUUGGAGAGCCCUGACAGGAGUUGGAGCCUCAUUUUACUCCGGCUGGGAGAGGAAAUGACAGGAAUAGAUGGUAUGCAAGGGAUAUAUCAGCCAAGCCCCUCUCCGCAGUUGGGGUGACAGGGACAUAAAGCAAUCGGUUGCCACAUACCUGCUUAGGAUGCUCCCAACAUCCUAAAAGUGACAAGGGAGGAAAAAACAGAAUUCAAGACCCCAUAGGCAGCACGUUGAGAGAGGUUUUGGGUAAGGGGGGUACUCGGGACAAGCAUUUGGCCUCCAGCUGCCCGAUGAGUCUGUGGAGCUGUGCGAUCCCCUUGGCUACCCGCAAUUAUUUUUCAGCGUGUGUGGCUGCAAAGGUGUGGUCUAGCUGAGCCAGCCGCCUCAGCACUGUGCACUCUUGCUCCGCCAGCAGCUGGCGCAGCUGCUCAAACUCGGCCUCAAUGCGGCGUCACUCGGCUUCACUCGCSUCCUGGAGGAGCCAAAAAAUCCAUAUGCAACCCCCAGACCUGAAUUUUCCACUUUUGAGUUAAAGGACAAAAGCACUUUGGCUGUAGCCAGGGCGGCUGUAACACUGGGACAGAGCUGGGGAUGCGGUUAAUUAGCAACUGCGGGUAGUUAAGCACUUCAAGAUUCUCCUUUCCCCUCCCCUGCCAUUAAUCUUUAUAUUCUGCCCAAAACCAACCCAGUCCCUGGGAAGCAGGGGGGAGGGUUAAUUCCAUGUUAACGAAUGUCCCCUAUGACUCAGUCUGGGAUGAAAAUGAGCAGUGCCAUGAAGUGAUUUGAAGUGUGGAUAAUGAGCAGCUCCAUAUGGAGGUGGUGCUUGCCAAAUCUGCCCAGGAUCUAUACCAACCGUUCCAUCUGGGUGUGGGGCUUUGCAGGGCACCAGGAAGCCUCUUGGAAAUGGUCCCACAUUCUUCUCUGAGAGGGAUAUGGGGAGAAAGGAAUACCCAAAGACCCAUUUGGACUGCUGAAGAACCGAGGGAACGCCCUGUACCAGUAGUCCUGGCGUCGCUUCUCUUCGCUCUCUCUCCAGUCCAGAAACUCUGCCAACACCUUCCUUAGGGAUUGAAGCCAGGAGGAGAGGACGCUGAGGGUGCAAUGGCUUUCUUCCUCAAACCACGGCCAUGCAUGUGGGACCUUGCCGUGGACUACCACAGCGCCAAACAGUUCGAAGUGGAUGUAACCUUGGAUCCAGCCACCGUGGGCCCUGAGGUGAUCCUCUCGGAGGACCUCAAAGAAGCCACCUGGGGCAGACCUCGAUGCCGCUGGUCUGAGAGUCCGGGCCGGUUCGACACGGACCCGUGCAUGCUGGGCACUGAGGGCUUUAAUUCGGGCCGUCACUACUGGGAGGUGGAGGCCAACGGGCGCUUCUGGGCUGUGGGGGUGGCCCUUGAGUCUGUUCAGAGGAAGGGCCGGGUCCUCUUCAAGCCCAACACUGAGAUUUGGGGCUUGCAGAAAUAUGAUGAGCUCUGCGUUGCCCUCACGGCUCCAUCCAACACCUCUGUCCCACUUCUCAAUGGGGAGAUUGGGGUCUACCUGGACUAUGAGGUCGGAUUGGUCUCUUUCUAUGCUGUCAGCAGCCGCCAACGCAUCUUCACUUUUCCUGUCGCCUCCUUCAGUGGGGAGAGGGUCUUCCCCUACUUCUGUGUGCUCCUCUCAUCCAUCAAACUGUCCCCCAAGGGCUGAUGCACUGGAAGGAUGCUUCCAAAGCUGUUUGCAUCAUGGUGGUUGGAAAUGCUCCUUGAUGCUCCUUAACUCAUAUUUUCAAAAGGUCUUUGAGAAAUUUCUAGCUCAKUUCAGGGUUCUACCUCCAUCUUUGAUGUCUCUGUUUUGGGUUAUGUCCAGGGGGUUUUGGAUCUGAGCUCAGCAUGGCUGAAGCUGUCAAAUUCAUCCAAAGCUUGUUAACAGGAGCCAGAUUUCACUGAGCUUGUUUUGUGCUGAAAACUUGGGUUUUUCUCCCAAAUUCAGCCUCCUCUGAGGGUUCCUUUUGCUGACCUCUGUAUUUAUGAUUGGCUGGGCUUCCAUCACAAAUUAAAAAUCUUAAUUUUUGCAGACUUUGCAUUAAUACCAGCCAUCACCUCAUUUUAAAUCUGAUUUUGUCAUCAUAAGCAUGUGCUCACACCCACUGCCCCCACCCUUUUGUUCUGCUGUUCCCCAUGCUCAAGAUGUAUUUCCAACUAAUUAACAUGUAAAUGUCCUCAGAAUAA